AUGUUUCAAUUAAACCCUUCCCCAUGUGUUUUUGAGCCGCUGCCAGCUUACAACGCAGCCCCAUCCGUUUACUACUACCCAGAACACAAGAAGAGAAGAUUACAAAAUUGUCCGUUUGUUACCAGAGCUUUACCGGUAAGAAGAGAAACAGUCAAGCACCAGAUCGACGAAAAUGACAAAGAAUAUGUGCUGUCGUUAUACAAGACGGUUUCCGAGGAGAAAGUGUCCAAAGCGGUCUACGAGCGUUUGCAAGAAGUGAGAGACAAUUACGCUCCAAAAUACCAACUGGUAAGAGACUACUUCGGUAACGAGUUUUACAUCAAAGAGGACAAAGACGAAGACGCUAUAAUCCAAGAAGCUAUCGCCCAACUGGACAUGACACAGAUUGGCCGCCAAUUGGCCAAGCAGGCCUUCCAAGACUACGAAAUCACGCUGAACCACACAGGCGAUGAGCUCGCUGUAGUUAGUCAGCACGACAGAUACGAGAAGAUCUUCGCCCUCGGAUCUGAAUGCGAGGACGUUCGCGUGAUUGGCUGCGAGAUGAUCAGCGACUCCGUGGCCCGGCUCAAGGUAGGAGUCCAAAAGCCUGCCCGCGCUGAGCCUGUGACGUUUGCGACGCCCAUCCAAUUCCAAAUUCUAGUGCCAACUCAACAACAACAGGAGUCGCAGGAAAGCAACUCCGAAAGCGACAGCCAGGAAAUCGAAGAUGCACUCCAGGCAAAGCAACGCCGCGAGCUACAGAAGAAAGAGCGCAAGGAGGCCCGCCGUGUACAAAAAAGACAAGAAAGGGCCAGGAGAAACGAGGAAAGACGCCAGCAAGAGGCUGCCCUCGAGCAGGAACAGCAAAGGUUGGCAGAGGAGGCCCGUGUCGCGGAGGAGCGCAGGAGACUCGAAGUCCAGGCCGCCGCCGAGGAGGAGCGUCAGAGAAGGGCGUACCUCGAGGCCAAACAGAGGGCCCGAGAAAUAGCCGAGGCGGAGGAGAAGGAGAAAAAGAUCGCCGAGAUGAAGCAGAGGUUGAUCGCAGAGAAGAGAAACCGCAGAUUGCAGCAGCAAUCGGAGCAGCCCUCGGAGGCCUCUGAGCCUGAGAGGAAAUCCCCAAACAACGUGGUGAUCAACAUAAAUUUCGGGACCCCAGAGAACGUGCCGGGCAGAGAAGACCAAAACGGCAAGGCACGUGACCAGCCCAAGCGUUCUCGCUCGCGUUCUCCCGUGGUUCUCGAAGACAUGGAGGACGAGGAGACAAACAGAUACCAACAAUCGCUCUCCAGAUCCCCCAGGGGCUCGUCCGUGAUUGACGAUCUAUAA